UUGCCAAAAUAAGAAAAGGAAAUCGAAGAAAAAGGAAAAUAAUCCCCCAUUAUAAUUAGUGGUUCCAAAAAAUGAGAAAUUUCUGAAACCUUAAUGAAACAAUUUCUGGUACGCGAGCGACUCUGACACAGAUUUUCAUGGGCCAAUCACGCUGAAACCUCACACACAAACAAACGAAGAACACAACACAGCAUCAGCAUCAAACAGUCAUAUUCUCCGCAUCUGAUCUUGACCCUUUUCUCUUUUUUUUAUUCUCUACUCCUCUCUUUCGUACGCAUACUCGUAGAAACUAUAGAGGCCAUAUCUAUCUCAUGGUGAUCGCAGCUGCUUCUCCACUUUCCCUCGGUUGUUCCAAUUGUCAAUUAUGUCCUCCAGAUGGUUUCUCGUGUUCAACAUCAUAUGCAGUCACAAGCACCUGGAUCAAGUCUCCUAUUGACAAUCGCAAAUGUUCUGAUUGUUCCAGUAUAAGAUACAGAAAUCCAUUUUUUGGAUCUUGGUCAUCUGUUGGACGUGAUCAUUGCCUUUGGAAGGUUUCUGUUGCUGCAGAUUACCCUGAUUCAGUUCCGGAUUCAUUUAGGUAUGCAAGUCAUCAAAGUUAUCACCCCCUUGAGGAAAUCAAAGAAAGCAAAAGGAUUCGGGACAUCCAGCUCACCUCUGCUGAAAUAGCAAGGACAACUGUCGAGGCUAACAACAAUGCUCUGCUGGUCUUUCCUGGGACAGUACACUGUGAACCACACGAACAAAAUUCGUGGGCAGAGUUUCAGUAUGUUGUUGAUGAUUAUGGAGAUAUAUUUUUUGAAAUUUUUGAUGAUAAGAACAUCUUACAAGAUCCUGGAGCUAGUAAUCCUGUGAAUGCUUUGAUUGGGAUCAAUAUUCCAAUGUAUGAGAACAAAAGGAUAGCCAAUGAGUAUAAUGUUUUUGACAUUGGCAGCAAUGAUGAUAGCACAUAUGAUGAUGACUAUUUUGAGGUAAUGGAGCCUGAAGUGUUUGAUGUUCCAGUUGAUUGGGGGAUGCCAGAUACUUCCAGUUGGGUUCAUCCUAUUUAUUUUGCCAAGUGCCUGGCAAAGGCAACUGAUAUGGAAUAUGAUAGAGAAAUGGACCAUCCAUCAAACGGUGUUUCUAUUGUGGGGUGCCUAAGACCUGCUUUUGCAGAUGAAGAAUCAUACUUACGAAGGCUAUUUCACAAUGAAGAUAGUGACGAGUAUGAUUCAGACUGGAAAGAUGAAGAAGUUUUGAGCUUUAGCUCAAAAAGUGAAGGAAGCAGUACAAACUCAACCUUUUACCGGUUGGACAUCAUGAGGAUAGAGCUGUUCUCUGUGUAUGGAAUUCAGUAUACAAUUGCUUUGCAAGAUUUUCAAGAUGCUGAGCCUGAUUUCCUUUUACACUCUACUUCAGCAAUUCUAGAACACUUCAGUGAGAAGGGAAUCUGGUGCAAUGCUGCUCUUAAAGCUCUUUGCAAGAAAAAAGGUCUUCAUGCUGAGGGAGCUGAUUUGAUUGGGGUCGAUAGCCUUGGUAUAGAUGUUAGAAUUUUCUCUGGGGUGGAAGUACGAACUCAUCGUUUUCCCUUUAAAGUCCGGGCAACCUGUGAAGCUGCUGCUGAAAAGCAGAUUCAUCAACUAUUGUUUCCCCGGUCUCGCCGUAAGAAAUUCAGAAGUCAUGGUGACGGACUUAGGGACUCAAAGCCAUUGUAAUCUUGCUGUGGUAACCAAUAUUAAUGAUGGAAGUUACAGAAUAAAGUUUAGGCUUGCUUAGCCUUUUAUUUUCCUUCUCUUAUUACUUUUGUUUUACCGAGCUGCGCUUUAUUCAGUUUAGGCUUUUUGUUUUUGUUUUGUACAAACAAAUUUGUAGGAUGCGAGUAAAGAGCAAAAGUGUAUGAACAUUUUAUACAUUUGAAUACUUGCGUUUUUACGAUGAAUCAGUAGUUUUGACUCUUUUUUUC